AUGAAUUACCUCCUGAAGCUGUCGCUGUUUGGCAGCUUCGCGGCUGCCGCAGCUCAGAGUGGCGACGCACUUCCUUUCCCCCAGCGCCUCCACGCCCGCUCUGGCGCUCCCAAAUGUAGCAACGCCCCCUCGACACUAUCGCUAAGCGAUCCGCCCUACGACAACUAUUUCUACUCGGACUGCAAUGUCGCGGCACAGGCUGUCGUCACGAGCCCGCUACCAGACAGUAAUCUCACCCUCAUCGGCCCCCGACUGAUCGUGGCAUGGCCAGCAGGCGAUAGCGGCGUAUGCGCAUACUUUGCGCCGCAGAAUGGCGCCAAUGGCACACUCUCCAUUGAGAUGGUCAACUCUACAGCCGGCCAGCCCCUGGGCCCCGUAUAUACAGCUGGAUCGAACACUUCCGCACCUCCCACCGUCGGCGUCCAGGGCGUGUUGCACUUCAAUUCUUCCGCAACACUAACCGUCCCUAUCCUGGGCAGUAUCCGUACCAUCCGCGACUUUGUCGAAGGCCCUAGUCUCCUGCAAUCCGAGAUCCAGGAUGCAAUCCAGUUCGUCGCGCACAAUGAUGGCAGCGCCUCGCUGCAGCGUACGUGGCUGGACAAUGUCACCACGACAACCCUGACAUUCACCCCGUACCAGAACGGCACAAACACCAAAGUGACCGUCUCCAACCGCACACUCGACUUCACAGCCGGUGAAUAUCUUUUCUCCGCGUCCAUGAACUACCCACAACUCACGGCUCUCAAGCCCUCUUCCGUGCUGAACAAUGCGUCUAGCGAUCUGACCCAGACUAUGUCGGGCCAGGUGGCUGCGCUGUCGUUCUUGUCGUACUCGGAGAAAUUGCUGGCGGGUGCGUGGCGCUUCUUGACGUACUUUGGACGUGACUCGAUGAUUUCAGCGCUGCUUUUGGAGCCGGUGCUUAGCUCGGGGAAGGGCAGUGCUAUGGAAGCUGUUAUUGGGGCGGUGUUGGAGCGGGUGAAUCGUACUGAUGGGAGUGUUUGUCAUGAGGAGACUAUUGGCGACUAUGCUACGUGGACGAACUUGCAGAAUAACGUUACCAGCAAUGCCAUGGUCUGCGACUAUAAGAUGAUUGAUUCGGACUAUUAUCUCCCCGUCUUGAUGCAGAAGUAUUUCCUUGACAAUCCUGUCGGACAGAAACGAGCUGCGUCUUUCUUCAACACCUCGGCUGGAAUGAUCAACGCUGAGAAUCAGAAUCUGACAUGGGGCGAUCUUGCACUGAUCAAUGGGGAGCGCAUCAUGCGUCUUGCUCGUCCUUUUGCCGAGAAGCAAACCAAGGAUAACCUCGUUCAUCUCAAGGAUGGACAGGUCGUUGGAGAAUGGAGAGAUAGCGAAUAUGGAAUCGGUGGAGGCCGCAUCCCAUACGACGUAAACACAGCCCUCGUCCCAGCAGCCCUACGCUCCAUCGCCGUCCUCGCCCAAAAUGGCCUCUACCCCAAGCACAAGCAAUGGUCCCACCUCGCCACCAUGUACGCACAGAUCUGGGAAGACAAGACCCUCGACUACUUCAAGGUGUCGAUCCCCCAAUCGAAAGCCCAAGACCUAGUCGCAUCCUACAAGAACGAAUCCUCGUUCCCGGGCCCCGACCAAGCCGCCUCCAUCACCGACGACGUUGUCUUCCACGCCCUCUCCCUCGACGGCUACGACAACCUCACCAAAGUAGAGGUCAUGAACACGGACGACUGUUUCCGCCACUUCCUCCUCAACACCACCGACGACACCCAACUAACCUCCUUCCUCAACAACUCCGCCACCAACAUCCGUCGCACCUUCCCCGCAGGCCUGAUGACCUCCGCCGGCAUGGUCGUCGCAAACCCAGCCUUCGGCGGAAACCCCGUAUACGCGCAGAACUGGACUACAGGCGCGUACCACGGCACGGUGAUUUGGUCCUGGCAACUGGCCAUGAUGGCAAAGGGACUGGAGAGUCAACUUGGCCGUUGCCAACUGACCACCAACUUCUCGGUCUCGCACGGCCACCGUCAACAGAAGCAGGGCAGCAGUGUCGCAGCGAUCCCGGCUUUCUGUGCCGAUGAUUUGGUUUACGGGAACGUCAAGGCGGCGUAUAAUGAACUUUGGGAUACCAUUGAGCAGAAUGAGAGUCAGCUUUCUGGGGAGGUUUGGUCGUGGGUUUAUCGGGAUGGUGGCUUCCAGGUUACGCCUUUGGGUGUGUUGCCGGCGCCUGGUGGUGUUUCGCAGACUGGUAAGUCGUUUGCCUUUCCUCCUUCUCCCCUCUGCCUUUGGCUUUUA